CGUCUCGGAUUCGUCCAGUCUCGUAAACUUCAAGACACCCCCUACCCUGCCUGCAGCAACACGGGACUCGCAUACUCAACUGCCCCAUUCGUUCAACUCUUGACAGUAUAUUAUCCGCUGUCAUGGCUCCCGCGGCUUACAACGACCGUGAUGGCCACCUAGAGGCUGGACUUCUGAGGAGCACCCAAGGAGAGAAGCAGACCGGACAUCGACAUCUAACGCAGCAGACCCAACCCAGGACCAAGAUGAUUUACUUUAGGCGGGCACUGCUCAUCAUCGCAGUGGGCUUCGUCCUCGGCUUGGGCGUCGUCACUGCUCGACCGGGCGUCAUCAACUGCCACAACUCCAAGAUGGCUGUGGCCAAGGCUCAUGGCUCCAACGGGGAGUUGGUUGAGGCCCUUCAGAAGGCAUCUCCUGAUCUGCUUCACCGACUGCUGCAUGCCUAUCUCCCCGAGAGAUACCAGCAUGGAGUCUUCCCCUCGGACCGUGAGGCCAUUGAUGCUAUCCAUGAGAAUGAUCCUUCUGUGGCUUCGGCUAUUGUCCAGAUCGCCAAGAGGCAAGAUGAUACCCCGGGCAACAACAACACCACUCUUCCCGGAUCAUCCACAACCCCUCCGCCCUCUUCAUCUACAUCCUCGCUCCCGAGUACCUCAACUACACCGGAGCAAUCAACCACAUCCACGCCCUCCAGUACUGAACAAACUUCAACUGAAUCUACCUCAUCAAGCGAGUCCUCCAGCAGCACUUCUGAGUCCUCAACCACGGACUCAACAUCUUCGACCUCUGCUCCUGCUUCCACCACCGCAGGGCAAACCACCACUUCGGAACAGAGCUCUACCUCGGCGCCCUCCACUACCCCAAGCUCAACCGAGCCCCCAAGCACGACCACCUCUGCUCCUGAGUCCACUGCUACUACUGAUAAUACCAUAACAUCAACCACCAGUACAUCUAGCCAGGCUCCAGAAACAACCAUUACUUCAGGCUCCAAGACGACGUCUGCUCCCGUUCUCCACACUUUCACCAGGACUCUUCCCAAUGGCGGCACCACCACUCUCACUUCCACCUCAUGGGUUGCCGUUGUCCCUACCGACCAGGCUGAGGGAUCCAAGAGCCCUGACCUUCAGAACGCUGCCUCCCUGCCUCGCGGCGAGGUGAUGCUGCCAGCUGCCAUCGGUCUCUUGGUCGGGGCUGUUCUGAUGGUAUAAACUAGACACGACUGUGUCCUUCCCUCCUUUUUCCCAAUAUUUUCACUCUCUUUUCAAAUUGCAUAAGCAUAAGCAUAAGCGUAUCGAUGCUAGAGGAAUUGGCGACGGCGUUUCAUUCAUUUUUAUUCUCGACAAUUCACGGCCACUUCCUUACCACUCUUUUCUUAAUACAACAACUCGGCGGAUGCAUAGAUUGGGUAACUGCAUUUUUUGAUCUUUUUUGGCAGCAAAAUUGGACUUAGACUGGGACGGGGCCCUACGCGGGAAAGCCUCUGGCAUAAUCAUUUGGCACAUAUGGCAUAAAAAGGGGACACGAUGUAUUUUCAGCAUAUAGUAAAGCAAGCACACAUGCAAACGGAGCAGCCACACAUUUAGGCGC